AUGGCUUGCAGGAUAAUCAUGUUUUACAGGUAUUAUGUUCCUCAUCUGUUUCUUCGUCAUCAGAAUAUCCAAAUCUUGAAUCCCAAGCUUUCAUUUCAUCUUUCAAAGGCAUCUUCAUACCACUAUUACCCUACUGUUACCCAAACCAAUUUCCCCAUCAAGCCAAAACUCUCUUCCUUCAUUACAGACUCUGAAAUCCAAACUGAAUUCUCUCACCAUGAUCCAGGUGUUGCCCGAAUAAACAAUGGCAGCUUUGGUUGCUCCCCUGCUUCUGUUACCUCUGCAUUGCAACAAUGGCAACUCAAUUGGCUGCGCCAGCCGGACCGUUUCUACUUCAAUGAGCUCCACAAGGGGAUACUCAAGUCAAGGAACACAGUUAAAGACCUCAUCAAUGCAGAGGAUGUUGAUGAAAUUUCCAUUGUAGAUAAUGCCACCACAGCAGUUGCCAUAGUCUUGCAUCAGAUGCAGUGGGCCUUCUCUGAAGGCAGAUUCAAGAAAGGGGAUGCUGUCAUCACACUGCAGUAUGCUUAUGGCGCGGUGAAGAACUCCAUCAAGGCCUAUUUUGAGCGAGCUGGCGGGUAUGUUAUUGAAGUUCCAUUUCAAUUUCCAGUGAAUUCCAGUGAAGAAAUAGUAAAUGAAUUUCGGAUGGCUUUGGUGAAGGAAAAGGCUAGUGGUAGAAGAGUUAGAUUAGCUCUGAUUGAUCAUGUUACAUCCAUGCCAUCUGUUUUACUUCCAGUUAAGAAAUUGGUUGAAGUGUGCAGGGAAGAAGGUGUUGAUCAAGUUUUCAUAGAUGGGGCUCAUGGUGUUGGGUGUGUAGAUGUUGAUAUGCAAGAAAUAGGGGCAGAUUUUUACACUAGUAAUUUGCACAAGUGGUUCUUCUGCCCUGCUUCGGUUGCAUUUCUGUAUUGUAGGAAGUCAGUCACACAUUCAGAACUGCAUCAUCCUAUGGUGUCUCAUGAUUAUGGUAAAGGGUUGGCUAUUGAAAGCUGCUGGAUAGGGACUAGGGAUUAUAGUCCUUCUUUAGUGGUUCCUUCAGCUGUGGAGUUCACAAACAGGUUUGAAGGCGGUAUCGAUGGAAUCAAAAGGAGGAAUCAUGAUGCUGUUGUUGAGAUGGGACAGAUGUUGGCAAAGGCUUGGGGAACCAAUCUUGGGUCUCCACCGGAUAUGUGUCCAAGCAUGAUCAUGGUGGGAAUGCCGGCUUGUUUGGGGGUUUCAAGUGAUGAUGAUGCCUUGAAAUUAAGGACACAUCUGAGGGAGAAAUUUGGUGUUGAAGUCCCAAUAUAUUACCGAAUGCCGAAGCAUGAAGAGGUUGCAACAGCAACAACUGCGUAUGCUCGAGUUUCUCAUCAAGUCUACAACAAAGUUGAUGACUAUUAUAAGUUCAGAGAUGCAAUCAAUCAACUUGUUUGUGAUGGGUUCACCUGUGCUCGAUCUUUAUGA